UGCUGGCCGUUAACGAUCUCCUGACUGUGGCGCAAAAUUCCAGCCCGCCAUAUCAACACAUUUAAAUUAGAUACGACAUAAACAAAAGGAGAGAAAAAAACGGUUAUAUAUUGCCAUGGUCUAAUGAGCUGCUUAUUUAUUUAGCAUCGAUAACGAAUCAAGGCAUCCUGGUGAGAGACUAGCGCUUUUAAAUUGGAAAUUUGAAGUUGGGAAACAUUUGAAUGAUCUGCUGGCUAGUUGCUGCAGCUAGAAUCGUCCGUUAAAAUGCACCUCGUGAGUUUUGCAGUUAUUUUGAUACUCCUUCACUCCGUUAGCGUCGCAAGAGCAAAAAAUAUUGCCAACGAAAUCGAGGAUUUAUAUUCAGAAAUUGGCUCUCUAUCCGAAAUUGGCUCUCUAUCCGAGGAUGAAAACACGGAAAAAGUUUUGGAGGAAACCAAUGAGUGGCUUGAAGAAAUGGAUGAGGACGAACGAAUGGAGUUUGAAGGGCGGUACCCAGACGACAAAGCCAUAGAGAAUGACCCCGAGAUAACAGAAGUAGCAAACAAAGACUAUGAUAAUGCGAUGGGACGGAUAAUCGCCGUCAAUCUUGCCCACUGGAGAAAGCGCCAAGAGAAAAGGCAACUUCAAGAAAAACGAGAGUAUCAAGGCAAUGUACAAGAAAUGAUCGAAACGACGAAUGAAGCGGAAGGUUUCUUCUUUGAUCAAGGAGACAUGAUACUCGAUUGUGACCUUUACGAAGAACUACAUCCUGGAAAGACUUGCAAAACCGGCCAGGCGAGAACGAAGAGAAAUGCUCUCAGAACUCGCAAACGACUUUGGACGUCAAGGGUGAUUCCGUAUAAAAUUCCAUCGUACAUGAGACACAUCGUGGGAAAUCUUAACAAAGUUAUCCAGAUGUUUCAUAGAGUAUCGUGCAUACGGUUUGUGCCAUACCGCGGCCAGAAGAAUUACAUCUUCUUCGAUAAUGAUGACGGGUGCUCAUCUAAAGUAGGAAAGAGUUAUGCUGUGGCUGGAGCUCAGAAACUUUCCCUAGGGCAAGGAUGUGACUUCGAAGGCACCAUCAUACACGAAUUACUACAUGCUCUUGGAUUCUUUCACGAGCAAGCAAGAGAUGACAGGGACAAAUAUAUUGAAAUCAAAUGGGAAAAUAUUCUCGACGGAUUUUCAGACCAGUUUGACAAGUAUAGCUACAAAACUAUAGACAAAAUUGGAAAAAAUUACGAUUUUCAAUCCAUCAUGCACUAUGACAGGAGAGCUUUUACGAAGAAUGGACUGGACACGAUCAUCAGGUUUGAUAAGCCAGUCGGAUGGAAGGACUUUGGAACGCCUCAGAAAACGAUGAGUCCUCAGGAUAUAGUUGAACUCAACGCCUUGUAUGAUUGCGAAACAAAAAACUACGGUUGGACGCAGUGGUCGGGAUUCACGCCUUGUGAUAAAGAUUGCAUGAAAGAGCGCCAACGUUAUUGUUACAAUUCAGGUAACCCUAAGGCCUGUGGUGGCAAUGUGAACGUAUAUGGUAUCGAGACGGAAAGAGUGAAAUGUGGAAACUACGAGUGCCCAGUUAGAAUAAAUGGGCACUGGGGCCGUUGGUCUGAUUGGUCGAGAUGCGAUGUUUCAUGUGACGACGGCAAAAGGAAACGAUUCAGAAAGUGUGACAACCCUGAACCAAAACAUAGCGGGAAGUAUUGUGCCGGGGAAUCAGUGGAAGAGGGAGUCUGCACAAUGAAGAGAUGUCAACUCAGAUAUCAAGACACUGAUUUUGAUGGCAAGUUAUUGGGUAUGUGGGUUAACAAGGGACAAAUUAAAUGGAUGCGGAAUAAAUAUUUCACCGGGACAAAGGAAACUGGGCCCAGCCGUGACCACACAACCGGAAAAGGCUACUAUCUGUACAUGGAGUCAUCCGCUCCGGCCCAGCCAGGUAACCAGGCUAUUCUUGAGAGCCAGCCAUGGCUGUCAGCUCCAAAAGGAGGCCAGUGCAUGAAGUUCUUUUACACCAUGUAUGGUAAAACAAUGGGUUCGCUUAUAGUCAAAUUGCAAGAGUUUGGUAAGCGAGCUAAGAACAUUUUCACAAAGACAGGCGAUCAAGGUCUUCAUUGGAUUGGAGCCAAGGUCAGCCUCAAUAUUCCAGAGGGAACAAAGUACAAGCUCAAAAUCAUCGCCCGAGUUGGAGGCACUGGAUACUCUGACAUUGCCAUUGACGACGUGUACAUCGAUCCUGGUCUUUGUUCAUGUCAAGACGACUAUGUGUCGUGUUCAAAGUGGAAGGCUGCCAAACAUUGCGAGAAAAAUGUUCAGUUUAUGAGCAAACAUUGUGCAAGAAGCUGUGAUACAUGUGAGUGUAAAGACGACAACUUUAUGUGCCCAGCAUGGGCAACACAGCCAAACGGUUGUUCUAAAAACUCUGACUACAUGCGUUCACAUUGCCAAAAGAGUUGCAGAGUUUGCCAUCCACCUAAAGGCCCGUUGCCGGCGCAACCUCAUGCAGGCAACAGGCCACCACCCAUGUGUAAGGACAACGACGAAACGCAAUGUCCCGCCUGGAAAAAUUUGGGGGAAUGUUCAAAAAAUCCGUCAUUCAUGUCGGUGAAUUGUGCUCUGAGCUGCGGAAUAUGUGCUUGCGAAGACAAGUACUCUAAAUGUCCCCAAUGGGCCCAGAAAGGGGAAUGUGUUAAAAACAAGAAAUGGAUGUUGGAUCACUGUCUUAGGAGCUGCCAUGUUUGUGCUUGCGGCGACAACCAUGUAAAGUGUGGACUGUGGGCCAAGCUGGGGGAAUGCGGAAAGAAUGAGAAGUUCAUGACGGAACAGUGCAAGAAAAGUUGCAAGAAAUGUUAGCUACACUGCAUAAAAAGAAAAAAAAAAUUAACUGAGUUAUUUGCAUGUUCAAAGAGUAGUUCAUUGAGGUAUUCGUUAGAGGGAAUAUAUAUGUAGACAUUCUACACAGAAGAAUACCAAUAAAUAGUUCAUCCUGUCUUGAA